GCUUUUUUCAAAAUGGCGGCCUGCAAAAUCGUAGUUAACACAAAUUUCUGCAAGUUUACGUGGAAGUUCUCGAGCUACACAGUUCUAGGGCGACAAAAACGCAAGAAGAUGAUUAAAGCGGAUUUCCAAAUAUGAACCUGCGCCUCUUGUUCCUCGUUUUUACAAUAACAUUCAAUUACCCAUCAUGCAUAGAGGGCAAGCACAAGCCAGAGCACCAUGCAAAAGGUCGUCAUCAAGCACGUGCGAGCCACGCCCUCUCGAAGAAACAGUUCAUUCCCUCCAUAUACAACGGUUUUAGACGAAGCAAAGCCCCAAAGCGCUGUGACCCGUCCUGCCAGCACUUCUGUACGCCAGACUGUGAUUUCGCCUGCUGCAUUCCGGCCCCGCCCAAACCCGCUACCCGGAGGAGAGAGGAGUGUGCUUCCUACUGUCCGCGCUCAUGCUACCCGCAGUGUAAGCCUUCCUGUUGCAACGUGAGGCGUUCCUCAGCCUACCGCAGCCACCUUCCCGCCCAUUUUGGCUAUGUUCGCCCUCCUCCCGCCCUUGUCCAGACAGCUUCCUUCUCUGAAUCUACGCCCCCGUCCUGCCCGGCGAACUGUCCCUCAUAUUGCUAUCCUACUUGUUCGUACUCUUGCUGUAGUCCUCGUGCAGCUUCGCUCCGUAAUUCCCUUCCAAUCCGCCGCACAGAGGAUCCAUUCCGCCGAUUUCAAGGAUUGCAGAGCUCAUUUCGCGCGGUCGUACCUCAAUAUGCUCCCGCGGGAAUGGCUAUUGGUCAGCGGCGGUGUCCAGAGCCAUGCGCACGGGAUUGUUUCCCAACAUGCACUCCGGCAUGCUGUCAGUUGCCGGCACAGCAAACUUACUCUCAACAGCCUUACCAAUCUUACGCACCCCUCCCCCCAGCUGGUCAAUCCGCCUUCAUCCCCCCCUCACCAAUGAGCGAGGGAUCAAGGAUCUCAAAGGUCAUACUCCCCCACCUCCCUCCCCCUGCGUCUUGUCCGGCCUCCUGCCCUGCGCAGUGCGCCCCUAUAUGCUCACCCUUCUGCUGUUCAGAAGCCCAACCACCUCCUCCACCCCCACCCCCACCCUCUGAGGGACCGUCAUGCCCUGGGAGCUGCGCACAGUCGUGCUACCCACAAUGUACUCCGAGCUGUUGCAUGACUCAGCCCCCACAAUUCCCACAGGGGGCACCAGUGUCCGUUCAAAUACCUCCCCAGUCCACCCCUCCACAGUCGACACCCCUUUCGUGUCCAGGCUCCUGCUCGCUCUCGUGCUUCCCACAAUGCACCUCCAGCUGUUGCUUACAAAACCAACUCCAGCCACCCCUCCCUCCCGCGCUCCCACCCGCUCUCCCUCCGGCUGCUCCUCUGAUAGUACUAAUCCCCCGCCCUCCCCCCGUGUGUCCGGCGCCGUGCCCCCCCUCAUGUUACCCACAAUGCGACAAGGCGUGCUGCUGCAUGAAGAGCAAACGGAAGCGGAAGCGAUCGAUACAGAAAGUGCAAAGCCACCACAAGCGAUCAUUGGAGGAGGAGCUAGACAGGCGGGCGAAUAUUGGUAUGUGCGCCACGGACAGAUGACGUCAUCUCCAAUCACGUGACUAUUUGCCGGAAUAAUGAUAUAUUUCUGAACAUGUGAUCAUGAGGCGCAUGAAAAUUGAUGAGCAAGAUAGCAGGCGACUUGCACACAGAAAUCACGUGUGUUUUUUUUGCGUGGAAUAUUCAAGCCAAAAUAAAUCGGUGAAAUGGCUGUUCCUGUCACUCCAGAGAGGGACGAAAAUAUAAAACCUUUUAAUGAAAGCAUGUCCUUUUUGGCAAAAAUAAUUUCUUGCUGAUUUGUAAGCGCUAAAUAAGUUUUUUUUUGUUAUUUCGCCGUAAAAACCUUGAGCAUGCGAGUUACUUAGUGCAAGGUGCUUAUUGCAAGUGAAACCAGGAUACACAUGCAAUCUAGAAGAAGACGAAAAUGUACGAGUGGAGGAGACUCGAUGCUGAUUGGUAGAGAAUUAUUUAUAGUACCAAAGACAUCAUAUUGAGAAAAAAAAAAAAAGCAUUUUACAAACAUUAUAAAGCCCGAACCCUGCGUUGACAACAUAGCUAGAGGGGUAUUUUGUCAUUUGUUUGGGUUUGUUAAAAAUAAAAAUAUAGAUGGUAUUAUCGGGUAGAGUUUCUCAGUUAUCAAAACGUCGCACAUGUGUAUCGUGUCACACAACGCUCCAUUCAAGCUCCAUGUUCGUGUCACGUGUCGUGGCAAGCUUGAGGUUUCACUACUUUCCACCAGUCAUCCGGGUACAAAUGCUUCAAAAUUUCAAACUCUCCUCUCGGAAGACCUAUCUCAAACGAUCCAAACUUUGUCUUUGGUAACGGCAAUUUGACAAGCCACGUCGGGAAUGUAUGAUGUCUACGGUAAUGUACGUACAAGAGCCAUGGCUCGAUACCAGUCCUCCACAAUACUCCGCCAUAAUCUCUAAAUAGAAACAAAUCCACCUCAAGUUUCCCGCCGAUUUUAGUAAAAUGGAAUUUCCCAGCUUGAGCCAGUCCAUUUCUAAAUUCGAUCCCAGCCGCUUUAAACUUCGCUGAGAAUUCCCUGAAGUCUAUGCUAUCAAAGUCUUCUCUUCGCAUACCCAUGUCUACGUCAUUGUCCCAAGGGAGAGGGGCAUCGUAGCGCAUUGCCCCGUAUAUCGACCCGUACAUAAGCCAAUGUGGCAGUUCCAUUGAGUCGAGAAUGGUGUGUAUUUGGAAUGCGAGGUCCAUCAAAUGCUUCCUUUCAUCUUUGCUGAAGUAACAUCCAACUCUAUUCGUAGUGUACCUGAAACGGUAUCUGGUCAACUCGCCACCAUAGCCAGCUCGCUACCACCAAUGGUCAACUCGCCACCGGUGGGAAGUUAACCAUUGGUGGAGGCGAGUUGGUAUGUAACAUUAUACGAUGGAAAUGAAGUAGCUUGACUAAAAGAAAUUAAAGUAGAUGAACAAACAAACUA